UUUUCUCCCCGUCUCGUGGUAUUUAUAAUACUUCUCCAGGAUUCAGAGCUCAUGGAAGGGGUGUAUCAUCUACUCGUCAAGAACUGCGAUAAUUUCCAGGUAGGCCUUAUUUCAUACCAUUUCCAACCAUCUGCUGAAUCGUCCCCCACUGCGGGGAUUGCAAAUGAUGCACGAUACACCCACUCACAUGCUUUCCUGACUUGCUUCCGCGACGGGAUUCUCAAGGCUUUUACACUAAACUUCAGCUUCCUUUCGGGCGCUGACCCGAAUCAUCCUGGCAUCGAUAAUUGCCACUUGAUUGGGACAACUGGGAGGCAUGCUCACCCUAUCUUUUCCAGCGACAGAGGCAACCUUCACUGAUCUGUACUGCAACUUCUCGACUGGUUUAUCAAAUAAAGAUUAUGUAUCACGUUGAUGCCUUGAUCGCACGACUCAUGACGAAGCAGUAAGCGAUUCUAGGACAAGCAUAUUGUUUUUUGCGAGGCGAAACGUUACUCGAGGGUCACUGGAUCAAAAGCUGGCAGCAUUCGAUGCGUGGUGUGACUUGUCAUCGCUGGAGAAAUGUCUGAUCUCCAGGGUAUCCACACCUGCUUAUCUCGUGCCGACAUCUUUUACAUCUAUAUUCCGGCAUACAAAUCGUAACGGCGCUCGGCUGCGCCAGUCCCC